UGCUAGGUGAUUGCUAAGCCGAUGGAAUUGAGGCAGCAAUUUGAUGGAUGAGAGUAGAGACAGAUGAAAGAAACCAAGCCAUGAAGUGCAGCAAUAGAAACUUCUUUGCCUUUGGGUUUUUCCUUUUUUCUUCUCUCAUUCUCUCCUCUUGCUCUCAAUCUCAGUCUCAUGAAUUUAAUUACGACGAAGGAACAGGCAGGGGGCCGUCGCGUUGGGGCUCACUCAAACCAGAAUGGAGAAAUUGCAGCGUUGGACAAGAGCAAUCUCCUAUCAAUAUUGGAACAGUCCAUGUUCGUUCUCAAUUGGGAGAUUUGCAAAGGAACUACGCAUCCGCUCCUGCUGUUUUGAGGAAUAGGACGGAAGAUGUUGCGGUAAUAUGGUUAGGGAAUGCUGGAAGCAUUACCAUAAAUGGGAUUGUGUAUAGAGUGGUUAACUGUCAUUGGCAUUCACCCUCAGAGCACACUUUCAAUGGAACCAGGUUGCCCUUGGAGCUUCACAUAGUUCAUCGUAGCGCUCAAAAUCGGAUUGCGGUUGUUGCAAUUCUUUACCGAUAUGGCCUACCUGAUCCCUUCCUUCUUAGGCUGUUUGGGUCCAUAAUAACUCUUGGACUCGGAGAGAGACAACUAGGGCGUGUUAACCCAGUAAGCAUUGGAAUUCCUGGCAGAAGGUAUUAUCGAUACAUGGGUUCACUUACAACUCCUUCAUGCUCAGAGGGCGUGGUUUGGACAGUCUUCCAACAGAACAAGAUGGCCUCCUGGCUUCAAGUUGCAGCAAUAAGGAAUGCCCUUCCUCCACAAUACAGGAACAAUUCAAGGCCAACUCAACCACUUAAUAGAAGAACCAUCUUGCUCUACGACCCAGCAAGGACGGGUAUUUUCACGUGA